GAACGGUAAGCAGCAGGUAUUUAAAUGAGAAACCGGAUGGUCGAUCCGAGCUGGUUCGAUAGAGGACGCCACGUCUUUCUCGUCGUUCCGGCUAUGUACCUGCUACGAACGUUUCUAAGAGCCGUUCUCAACACAACUCGAAGAGCACCUCAGCCGUUAUUCUUCUCUCUUCUUGCCCCACUCCGAAAAACUACUCGACGUUCCAUCGGUCCCCUCCUCUCCCCACUCCGUAGAGUCUUAGGAACGCCAGGAGAAACAGCAGCAGCACCUUUCUCGAGUCGCACGGGCCCCGAGAGUAGUCUCGGUCCCCACCCAAGACGGGCGACUGCAUGAGUGAGUGUCAGCGGCACUCAGUACAGUUACUGACGGCCCCGCGCUGUGAACCGUUGCCGUUGGUCGUCGUUGUUGUCGUUGUCGUCGUCGUCAUCGUCAUCAUCUCGUCGUCGUCGUUAUCGUCGUUUUCAUCGUCGUUUUCGUCGUUUUCGUCCUCGCCGUCGUCUUCGUCGUCUUCAUUCUCUUCUCCGUCGCGUUCCUCAUCGUCUACUACUCGUCGGACUCGAGUCAACUGGCUUUACCAUGCGUAGCUCUUGAUACACAUAUGCAGUCCGUAAGUGGAGUGCUCGCUAAUCUGUCUUUCUCCUUCUAUCUGUCUUUAUUUUCUUUUUUUUCCUCUUUCUCUCACUCUCUCCUCCUCCUCUCCACUGCAGGUACAAGCAGCUGUUUUACGAUCAAAGUAAUUGAAACAUCUUCGUUUUUGUCGAUAACGCAUGGAACUCUUCUUUAAGAGAUUUCAAUGAAAAUGUUUAUGUUUCAAUGAUGAGUUUAACCAAUUAAAGUUUGGUUAUUUUUUUGAAAAGAUAGAUUUUUAAUAUAAUUAAUAGUUAGACAUGUUUUUGAUUGAUAGCUUCCAAUACAAAAAAAUAUUAUUCUAUGAUUUGCAUUGGAUCUAUUUACUUUAAUAAUCCACUUCAUACAGUAUGGUAUGUUCGUCAAAGUAUUGUCAUGUGUUCUGUGACACUAUUACGUUACAUUAAGAAAGUUACAGUUGUUUCAUAGUUAGCUUAGUUAGGUUCCUGAACUUUCAAAUUCCACGUUAAUUAUUUUCACAUGCAUAAUACGUAAUUGACAUUGUUGAAAGUUUGAUGUGUUUAUGCGUCAUCAUUGAAAUAUGUGUUUUGGACAUUGCUAGCAGGUACGUAUGGACGAGGUUAGCACGAUGACCGUUCUACCACCACUACCGGCGAAGACUCAGAGUCGAGAUGGUAACCAAGUCGCUCGGCAGACUGUGUCAAUCCGGGCAGCUUCCCCUCCAUCUUCUCCAGCUUUGAGUGCAGGUGCUGGAGCAACGGUAUUCGUCGGUUCUCGGGCCGUGGAUCCUACGGCGAGUAUCAAGAGACGAGUCCCGGAAAUACAAACCUCCAACGGCUACGGUAGGCAGACCAUCGUCCAGCAUCAAGAGCAACAACAUCAACAUCAAUUACAGCAAGCGUCACAUAUAGUCAAGAUCAAGAUCAAUCCGGAUGGGGAUAAAAACGGGAAGGUGAUAUCAGCGGUAAGAUUGACCUUGGACGGAAACGAGAAGAAUAACGGAGUAACGUGCGAACGUUCGCCCGUAGCGGAGCGCGACGGUGCUGUGUUGGUGAGUGCGACGAAUCUUGUGAACGAGAACCUUCGCGAGAGUGGUGUUGUUGGUGAAGGUUGUGUGAGAAUUAGUGUCGGGGGUGACACCUCGAGAGAUAAGAAAAUUAGCUCGUACGAGCAGGAUACGGCGAACAAUAACGAUCAAACCGACAAGAAUAAGAAUAACAGUAAUAAUAACAACAACAACAACAACAACAGCAAUAAUCGUAAAAAGAAGAACGAAGUUAUGGUGCAACGGGCGACAUCGGAGACACCAAAUUCUUCUCCCCUGACCAAUCGAUCUAGCAGCUGCAUUUAUUACAAUUCUUAUCAAAAUCCUCUUAACACCAUGGUGAUGUCCAGUGGACAGUGUUCACCUAGCGAUACCUUGGAUAGUGGAACUUGUAGCGACUUGGAUGGUACACCUCCUCCUUUACCCAAGAAGAAAAAUAUAAAUAAGAAUAUCGGAGGUGGAACCAGGGUUAUAUUAUCUGUAGGAAAACACGAUCUUACCGGUAGUUUGACUAGUAGUGGGGCUGAGUUAGACAGCGAUGAUAACGAGAGUAACAUUAGCUGCGAUUCUUUAAACGGUGGUGAGCUUAAUGGUAGUAUAAUUUCACAAAAUCCCAAUGGGACCAAAUCUUCAAACGAAAAUGAUCAAGAAAGCGUGGAAUAUCAAGAACGUAUACGUCCGAGAAGUAACGAUCUUGGAAGAGUAGUCAAGGAUACUGAAGAACGAGUGGAAGAGAUAGAAGAACUCAAUGAUGUUAAUCAGACUAACUCUGAUGAUCUAUUCAGAAAAGAAUCAGCCUCACCUAGCGUUUCUCCAUCCCCUUCCAGAACUUCCACUCUGUCAAAAGCUUCUUCAACACCGAGGAUUAGGAGUCCAGAGCUUUUCGUUGAUCGAAAUGGUAGCGGCACUACCUCUCCGGUAGUUCGAGAAUGCACCUACGAAGAGAGAAAACAGGAACAGGAAAGAAUAGAACAAGAGAAUGCUGCUGUUGAGUUCUACGCGAACUACAAUCGAUCGAGUGGCAACAAGUACGUCUACGAUGACGACAGAUUCUACAAGUUCCACUUGAACGAGUUAAGAAACGAUAACAACGAGGAUACAAAUAAAGAAUCUAAGGAACCUGGAGCUCUCGGAGAGAAAGAAACGGAUGAGUGCUUCGCUGGUUACAAGAUUCUCGAAAGGGAAGCCAUACGCAGUGCCAAGGGAACCGUGCGUGGUGUUAAAAACAGAGUACGUGCUGGAAUAGCAACCUUUCUACAGAAACCAUCUUCCAAGGCUUACAAGGCAAAGGAAGAGGGUAAAGUUGUGGUUUACACCACUUCAUCCGGCAUUGUUAGACUAACAUUCUACAAUUGCAUGAAGGUAAAGCAGAUUCUGAACACGCACAUGGUGAAAUAUGAGGAGAAAGAUCUCUUUCGCAGUGCUGAAUUGCAAACAGAGUUGAGAGAUCGAAUAGGUUGCACAGCGAUUCAAGUGCCACAGCUUUUCGUCGGUGGACAGUACAUUGGAGAUGCUGACACCGUCGAACGGCUCAACGAAUCCGGAGAAUUACGUCGAAUGCUUAAACCUUAUCAGAGCGACGGCGCGUGUCCUUCGUGCCUGUUUUGCGGAAAUUAUCGACUGCUGGUCUGUCCCGUUUGCAACGGCAGCAAGAGAUCCGUUCUGCGCAACGACUUCACCGUUGAAUUCGUUGCCUUGAAGUGUAUGAACUGUGACGAGACCGGUCUGGUUCCCUGCCAACAUUGUUGAAAGAAAAGGAGGAAGAAGAAGAAAUAAAAGGGAUCCAUCCCUUUUUGGCACAUCGUCGACGUUCUUCGAUGCUUUAUCAAGCAACAUACUAACAAUCAACUCUCCGAUUAUCUUCCCUUUCUCUUAUCUCAUGGUGCUACAAAAAAAGUAUAUGGUUUCGACGAUUAAUUUGACACUAAAUCUACCAUAUAAUCGGUCACAAUAUGACCGAUUUUAUAUAGUUUAUAUAGAAAAUUUCAACGAGAAAUACAAAUUCGGUAGAUUUAGAGUUAAAAGUAUUGAAGCGGAGAGAAAACAAAAUUAACUAAUGAAUAAUUGAGAAAGAGAGAGAAUGAUAAAGAGAGAAUAACGCCGAUUAACAACAGUCUUUCGUGCAGACACUCGCGAUUUGUAACAUAUCGGUCAAUAAAUAUUAUCUAAAUUUUUGUAAUUUGCCACACACAUAUACAUACACAAACACACACCCGAUAUCGAUCCUUUCUCUUGAUCGUAUAAAUAGAGACUUGCUGAAAUUUUGAAUGUCAACGUGAAAGGGGGGUAUGUAUCAACAUGGCAUCGCCGAUUAUAGAUAUUUUAUUUAUAUUUUCGAAUAAAUAAAAAGUCAUUACUUUUA